AUGGCCGCCCUGUACCAGAGCGCGGACCCGUCCGCCUCGGCCUCGCCCAACAAGCUGCUGGCGCUGAAGGAUGUGCGGCAGGUGAAGGAGGAGACCACGCUGGACGAGAAGCUUUUCCUGCUGGCCUGCGACAAAGGUGACUAUUACAUGGUUAAAAAACUCUUAGAGGAAAACAGCUCAGGUGAAAUGAACAUAAAUUGUGUGGAUGUGCUAGGACGAAAUGCUGUUACCAUAACCAUUGAAAAUGAAAACUUGGACAUACUACAGCUGCUUUUGGAUUAUGGCUGCCAGUCCUCAGAUGCACUUUUGGUGGCUAUUGACUCAGAAGUGGUGGGAGCUGUUGACAUUCUACUUAAUCACCGACCAAAACGAUCCUCCAGACCAACCAUUGUGAAAUUAAUGGAGCGCAUUCAGAACCCGGAGUACUCAACAACCAUGGAUGUGGCACCAGUAAUUUUAGCUGCUCAUCGUAACAACUAUGAAAUUCUCACCAUGCUGUUGAAGCAAGACAUAUCAUUACCCAAACCUCAUGCUGUGGGCUGUGAGUGCACAUUGUGCACUGCCAAGAACAAAAAAGAUAGUCUGCGACAUUCCAGGUUUCGUCUUGACAUUUAUCGCUGUUUAGCCAGUCCUGCCUUAAUAAUGUUGACAGAAGAGGAUCCAAUCCUAAGAGCUUUUGAACUUAGUGCAGACUUGAAGGAAUUAAGCCUUGUUGAGGUUGAGUUCAGAAAUGAUUAUGAGGAGCUUGCUCAACAGUGCAAAACCUUUGCUAAAGAUUUACUUGCACAAGCACGGAAUUCCCGGGAGCUGGAAGUGAUUCUGAAUCACACCUCCAGUGAUGAACAUGUAGACAAGCGAGGACUGCUGGAAGAGAGGAUGAACUUAAGCCGCUUAAAACUUGCAAUCAAGUAUAAUCAAAAAGAGUUUGUUGCCCAGUCUAACUGCCAGCAGUUUCUGAACACGGUGUGGUUCGGGCAGAUGGCCGGCUAUCGGCGCAAGCACACCUGCAAGAAGAUCCUCACUGUUCUGAUGGUUGGCAUUUUCUGGCCAGUUCUGUCCCUCUGUUACUUGUUAGCUCCUAAGUCUCGAGUAGGUCGAAUAAUUCACACUCCUUUUAUGAAGUUUAUUAUUCAUGGAGCUUCAUAUUUCACAUUUCUGUUAUUACUUAAUUUGUACUCCCUUGUCUACAAUGAGAAUAAGAAGAAUACAAUGGGACCAGCCCUUGAGAGAAUAGACUAUCUUCUGAUAAUAUGGCUUAUUGGAAUGGUGUGGUCAGAUGUUAAGAGGCUCUGGUAUGAUGGUUUAGAAGAUUUUUUAGAAGAAUCCCGCAAUCAGCUUAGUUUUGUCAUGAAUUCCCUGUAUUUGGCAACUUUUGCCCUCAAAGUUGUUGCCCAUAACAAGUUUCAUGAUUAUGCUGAAAGGAAGGACUGGGAUGCAUUCCAUCCUACCCUGGUGGCAGAAGGUCUUUUUGCCUUUGCCAAUGUUCUUAGUUACUUGCGUCUCUUCUUCAUGUACACCACCAGCUCCAUUCUGGGACCACUCCAGAUUUCAAUGGGGCAGAUGCUACAAGAUUUUGGAAAAUUUCUGGGCAUGUUUCUUCUUGUCUUGUUCUCAUUCACAAUUGGAUUGACCCAACUUUAUGAUAAAGGAUUUACUGUAAAUGAAGAAAAGGACUGUGCGGGCAUUUUCUGUGAACAACAGAGCAAUGACACAUUCCAUUCGUUUAUUGGGACGUGUUUUGCUCUCUUCUGGUACAUAUUCUCCCUGGCACAUGUCGCAAUCUUUGUGACACGUUUUAGCUACGGUGAAGAAUUACAGUCUUUUGUGGGUGCUGUUAUUGUUGGGACCUACAACGUGGUAGUUGUGAUAGUAUUAACUAAACUCCUUGUGGCAAUGCUUCACAAAAGUUUUCAGCUGAUAGCAAAUCAUGAAGAUAAGGAGUGGAAGUUUGCUCGUGCCAAGCUUUGGCUUAGCUACUUCGAUGAUAAAUGCACGCUCCCUCCACCUUUUAACGUUAUACCCUCUCCCAAGACCAUUUGUUAUCUUUUCAACAGUCUCAGUAAAUGGAUCUGCUCUCAUACAUCAAGUGGCAAAGUGAAACGUCAGAACAGCCUCAAGGAAUGGAGAAAUCUGAAGCAGAAGAGAGAUGAGAAUUACCAGAAGGUGAUGUGUUGCUUAGUCCACCGUUACUUGACUUCCAUGAGACAGAAGAUGCAAAGUACAGAUCAGGCCACUGUGGAAAACCUCAAUGAACUGCGGCAGGAUUUGUCAAAAUUCCGGAACGAAAUGAGAGACCUGCUUGGCUUUCGAACUUCUAAAUAUGCUAUGUUUUAUCCAAGAAACUAA